CACAGAGCUGAGGAAGGACUCUCAGAGGUGUCAUGGCAACCCAGGACCUCCCUUCCUCACAGGCUCGCACAUCACAGACUCCAGGGAAGGCUCUGGCAUUGUGGUCUAGAGAGGGAUCUGACAAUCUCCCAUUUACAUGUCUUGAGGCACCAUGACCCCUAAGAGGGCUCUUUGCUGCACAUAACUAAGGACCAGGGCAGAGUGAGGACUCUAGUCUCCUACUUCUCUGCAGGCUCCUUUUCAGUCAGUAGUCAUGACGUUGGACUCCUCAAUGGCGGAUCAGAUGACCCGGCUGAGGUUAAGACUCCUGGAACAGAUGCUGGAGCAGGAACGAGAGAGCAUGGACAGAGCAGGACAACAGGAAAAGCCAGACCCUGCCCUCCAGAGUGCUUUGAUGAGAAGGAAGGACCUUCUACAGAGGCUCUGGGAGCAGCAGCUGAUGGACGAACACUCCCCGACCUGGAGGACACAUGGAAAAGCCAUAGCGCCAACCCUGAACCCAGAGGUCCCUCCCAUGGAUGUCUUCCCUGCUGCCUCCCCAUCUUUGCCCCAACCCCCAGAGCCACUAAGGAUCAUCCAGCAACCGGUCCCCCAGUCUCCUGCAACCAUAAUACAGCAGUUACCCCAGCAGCCACUGAUCGCACAGAUUCCUCCUCCUCAGGCCUUUCCCGCUCAAAGAUCAGGAAGUAUUAAGGAAGACAUGGUGGAGAUGAUGUUGAUGCAGAACGCACAGAUGCACCAGAUCCUCAUGCAGAACAUGAUGCUUAAAGCCCUGCCCCCUGGGCCCACGGGGCCACGUGCUACUACCCUGCAGGACCAACGAUGGGUGCACCACGGGGUCCCGAGAGCUGAAAAGCAGAAGCCAUCUCCGGUUCACCACCACCACCACUAUGCGCCCACCACCCAGCUGCAGGCCGCCUCCGCAGCUGGCGCCCCUUCCGGUUAUGCCGGGUGGCCUCCAGUGGUUGCAGCCACUGCGCUCCCACAUGCAGCCAGCUUCUUGCCCACUGUGAGCCACCUGACCGAGCCAUCGACCUCCCAUCCUAGCUACCCUUAGCACGCCCAGUGUGGAGGGAGAAAGCUAGUGUCUUGCUGCAGAGAGAAAAGCCGAAAAGGUCCCUGUGAACUCUCAGUGCAUCCUCCUUCUCUCAAGCCUGGAGAUUCCUGUUCGCCGCUUUUAAGUUCUCCUCAUCGAUACAAAUGGUACACGUGGAUGCUCACGUGCACACAGGGGUUGCCUCCUCAACCUUCUCCAGGGUUGAAGUUUGUUCAUAAGUGGAUGUGGCUUUGCCCCACCCCCUUACCGUCAGGACAUCAUAGUAAUCCUCGUUUCCUUUGCAAUACUGGAAGAUAUACUCCACUCCUAGGAAAACGUCUCCCAGAUUAUAGUCAUCCGGUGAGCGUGGCUGAGGAAAUUCACCUGCUUUCAGAUUCUGCAAAGGAGAAAGCAAACUGGGAGGCCUUGGCGAACAGUGGCCGGAUUACAAGGACUCGACCCACUUGUUUGGAAGAGGACACAGGACUUCUGACCACAGGAUGUUCAAGCCAUGUAACAGAAGCUAAGGGCCAUCGAGGAGUCGGAGGGGGUGGAAUGCAAUUAUUACACACAGUGGCCCUCACAUGCUUCAAUUUCAUUAAAUUAUCUACUUCCCCUAGUCACAUUCAACAUCCUUGAAUUGGCAUACGGACACAAUCAGACUCUUCCCCACUUGCCUGCCUGCCAUGUUUUCCUGUUAAGCAAUAAGGCGAGUGCUUGGACACACUCUUACACUGUACCUUUGUCACGGUUUGCAUUUAUUUCUCUAGGCAUAACACCCAUAGAUGGUGGCACUCGCACAUUUCACAGCCUUUUCAGCCUUUUGAAGCACUGUUUACUAUCUAUCAAAAGUCGCUCCCCAGGAGGAUUGCUCCAAUAACAAUGGGUUAGACAAUGUGGUUACUUGUAGCUGUUGCAAGGGAGUUGAAAAUGCUUACCACUUUUAAACUUUUCUGUCCACAUAUUCACUACUGAGAUACCCUUACAACUGGAGAGGCCCAGGCUCAGCGGUUAAGAGCACUGACUGCUCUCUUCCCAGAGGUCCUGAGUUCAAUUCCCAGCAACCACAUGGUGGCUCACAACCAUCUGGGAUGGGAUCUGAUGCCCUCUUCUGAUGUGUCUGAAGACAGCUACAGUAUAGUUACAUAUAUAAAGUUAAUAAAUCUUUAAAAAUAAAUAAAUAAA